UGUCCGCGAGAGCCCGUAGGAAGCGAAAAGAGAGAAACCGGAGAAAGGAGAGAUUGGAGCGGCUGAAUCCGCAACAACCGGAGGAAUAAUAACCCAUGAAAAAUAAAAAUAAAGAAGACUGAAGAGGGAGGAGAAGAGGGAGAGAACUCGCAGGAAAAAAAACUUUUCCGGGGGGAAACUUACAGACUCAAACACGGCCACGUUUGAAAAACAUGGAUACACUUUUCUCCGUAUUCCUGGGACUCCUGUUUCUCUUUUCGGCGGCUGGUAACGCCUCCGGUCAGAUACCGACAGCACACAUGGGGCGCGCUGAGAAGGGGAGCUGUAUGUUUGAUGAAGGCUUCACUCAGUGUGAUUACCAGCAAGAUCCCUAUGAUGACUUUGACUGGACGCACAUCAACACCCAGGAAGUGUCGUACGUCUCUCCAGACCUGCCACAAGGUUCCUACAUGUUCGUGGACGUCUCGCAGUAUGAUAUUGGGGAGAAGGCCAGGUUUCAGCUGCCGGUCAUGAAGGAGAACGACACUCACUGUAUCGACUUCAACUAUCUCCUCACCAGCCCGGACGGCUCCAGCCCUGGCACCCUCAACGUCCUGGUGAAGGUAAACAAAGGUCCCUUGGCCAACCCUAUAUGGAACGUGACGUCCUACACUGGUAAAGACUGGCUGAGAGCCGAACUCGCUGUCUCCACCUUUUGGCCUAACCAAUAUCAGGUCAUAUUUGAAGCAGAGGUUUCGGACAGCAAAGCCGGCUUCAUCGCCAUUGACGACAUUCAGGUUCUCAGCUACCCGUGCGAUAAAUCCCCUCAUUUUCUGCGUCUUGGGGACGUGGAGGUGAACGCCGGACAAAACGCCACAUUUCAGUGUAUUGCUACAGGACGUGACACAUCAAACAAUAAACUCUGGCUACAGAGGAAAAAUGGAGAAGAUAUUCCCGUGGCUCUGACGAAAAACAUCAACCACAGACGGUUCGCCGCCUCCUUCCACCUCAAAGAAGUCACUAAUCAGGAUCAAGACCUGUAUCGCUGCGUCACCCAAUCAGAGCGCGGCUCCGGAGUGUCAAACUUUGCGGGUCUUAUCGUUAGAGAGCCUCCGCACCCCAUCGCCCCACCCCAGCUGCUAGGUGUCGGCCCUACAUAUCUGCUGAUUCAGCUGAAUUCCAACUCCAUAUUUGGAGAUGGACCUAUUAUAUUGAAAGAGGUUGAGUACCGGAUGACAUCAGGCAGCUGGACGGAGACGCACGCUGUGAACUCUCCCAACUAUAAGUUAUGGCAUCUUGACCCGGACACAGAGUACGAGAUCAGAGUGUUACUAACCAGACCAGGGGAGGGAGGGACCGGCAAAGCUGGACCACCGCUCAUUACCCGGACCAAAUGUGCAGAACCUAUGCGGACUCCUAAGAGGCUAAAGAUUGCAGAGACCAGGUCUCGUCUGAUCGCAGUGGACUGGGAGUCGUUGGGUUACAACAUCACUCGCUGUCACACCUUUAACGUCACCAUCUGCUACCAUUACAUGACCGCUAACAAUCGCAGCAAAUCUGACUGCUUGGACAUGGACCCGAAAGCACCACGUCACCUGGUGGGAAACCUGCCGCCCUACACCAACGUCAGUCUGAAGAUGAUUCUGACCAAUCCAGAGGGAAGGAAGGAGAGUGACGAGACCGUCAUUCAAACUGAUGAAGAUGUUCCGGGCUCAGUUCCCAGUCAGUCACUCAGAGCGACUCCAUUUGAAGACAGAAUUCUUCUUUAUUGGAAGGAACCAGCGGAGCCCAAUGGAGUCAUCAUACAAUAUGAGAUCAGCUACAGUGGUGUGCGUUCAUUUGACCCCUCGGUGCCUCUCCAGCGGCCGGGACUCACAGUCCUGCCCUCAAACGCCACACACCACCUUUUUUCCCAGCUCCACCCAGGUGUCACGUACCAGCUCUCUAUACGCGCAUCCACCUCCAAAGGGUUCGGCCCUGCAGCCACACUCAACGUGACUACUAAUAUUUCAGCCCCGACAAUAGACGAGUACGAUGGGUCAGAGGCCUUUCUGAAUGAAACUGCAACAACCAUCACUAUCCUGCUCAAACCUGCGCAGGCCAAGGGAGCACCUAUCAGUGCAUACCAGAUUGUAGUUGAGGAAGUGAAUCCUCAGCGGACACGUCGUCAAGCUUCCUCUGACUGUUAUGAGGUCCCAGUUUCCUACCACAGUGCGUCUAGCGGUGGAUCUCCAUACUAUUAUGCCGCCCAGCUGUCCCCCAGCAACCUGCCUGAGCCGCUCCCCUUCACUGUUGGAGACAACAAGACAUAUCAGGGUUUCUGGAAUCCUCCUCUGGCCCCGAGAAAGAACUACAACAUCUACCUACAAGCUGUUAGCAGCACGGAGAGGGAAACUAAGACACAGUGUCUGAGGCUUGCUACGAAAGGCGCUACAGAGGAGCCAGAAGUCAUUCCUGACCCCGCUAAACAGACGGAUCGGGUGGUGAAGAUCGCUGGGAUCAGUGCUGGGGUCCUCGUCUUUAUACUGCUGGUGCUGGUAGCCAUCCUAUUGGUCAAGAAGAGGAGGACCUACUAUUCAUACUCUUAUUACCUCUCUGACCAACCAGCCCAAGCCAUCCUCAUUGACGCCGUGCCAGGGUGGGGGAAACUGGCUAAAAAACGUAAAGACGCCAUCGGAACAACGCGGCAGGAAAUGACGCACAUGGUGAACGCCAUGGACCGCAGCUAUGCUGACCAGAGUGCUCUGCAUGGAGAAGAUCCCAUGGCUGUGACAUUCAUGGACUCUCACAACUACAACAACAGAUUGCCCAACGAUCCUCUGGUUCCAACGGCUGUGCUAGAUGAGAACCACAGUGCCUCUGCAGCGGAGAACAGCCGGCUCCUGGAUGUUCCUCGGUACCACUGUGAAGGAACCGAAUCUCCUUAUCAGACAGGACAGCUCCAUCCUGCCAUCAGAGUGGCCGACCUGCUGCAGCACAUCAACCUCAUGAAAACAUCUGACAGCUACGGCUUUAAGGAGGAGUAUGAAGUGAUACAGAGCUUCUUCGAGGGCCAGUCGGCCUCCUGGGACGUGGCCAAGAAGGAACAGAACCGCACCAAGAACCGCUAUGGGAACAUUAUAGCAUAUGACCAUUCAAGGGUUAUUCUCCAGCCCAUAGAAGACGACCCCUCCUCCGACUACAUCAACGCCAACUACAUCGAUGGUUACCAGAGGCCAAGUCACUACAUUGCUACUCAGGGUCCUGUUCAUGAGACAGUGUAUGACUUCUGGAGGAUGGUGUGGCAAGAACAGUCCGCCUGCAUUGUCAUGGUAACCAAUCUGGUGGAGGUUGGAAGAGUUAAGUGCUAUAAGUAUUGGCCCGAUGAUGCAGAGGUGUACGGAGACUUCAAAGUGACGUUUGUGGAAGUUGAACCUCUUGCUGAAUAUGUGGUCCGCACAUUUACGCUGGAGAGGCGUGGUUUCAACGAGGUACGGGAAGUCAAGCAGUUCCACUUCACAGGCUGGCCUGAUCACGGAGUUCCAUAUCACGCCACAGGACUACUUUCCUUCAUCCGCAGAGUUAAAAUCUCAAAUCCACCCUCUGCUGGUCCAAUUGUGGUCCACUGCAGUGCUGGAGCGGGGCGGACAGGUUGCUUCAUCGUAAUUGACAUCAUGCUGGACAUGGCGGAGAGAGAAGGUGUGGUCGACAUCUACAACUGUGUGAAGGCUCUUCGCUCUAGGAGGAUCAACAUGGUACAGACUGAGGAGCAGUAUAUCUUCAUCCACGAUGCCAUUCUAGAGGCGUGUCUAUGUGGAGAAACAGCCAUCCCAGUCUGUGAGUUCAAAGCUGCUUUUUAUGAGCUGAUCCGCAUCGACUCGCAGACCAACUCGUCACAUCUGAAAGACGAGUUCCAGACGUUAAACUCGGUGACGCCUCAGCCUCAGCCUGAAGACUGCAGCAUUGCAUUGUUGCCUAGAAACCAAGAUAAGAACCGCUUUAUGGAUGGCCUUCCUCCUGAUAGAUGCCUUCCCUUCCUUAUUACAAUAGACGGAGAAAGCAGCAACUACAUUAAUGCUGCUCUGAUGGAUAGCUACAGACAGCCUGCUGCAUUCAUCGUUACCCAGCAUCCUUUGCCUAACACUGUCAAAGACUUUUGGCGUCUGGUUUAUGACUAUGGAUGUACCAGUUUGGUGAUGCUGAAUGAGAUUGACCUGGCUCAGGGUUGCCCUCAGUACUGGCCAGAGGAGGGCAUGUUGCGUUACGGUCCGGUCCAGGUGGAAUGCAUGUCCUGCUCAAUGGACUGCGAUGUUAUCAGUAGACUCUUCAGAGUCUGCAACCUCACCAGGCCACAGGAAGGCUACCUGAUGGUUCGUCAGUUUCAGUACCUGGGGUGGGCGGGACACAGGGAAGUCCCCGCCUCCAAGCGCUCCUUCCUCAAACUGAUCUUGCAGGUUGACCAGUGGCAGCGUGAGGGAGAGGAGGGAGAGGGAAGAACCAUUGUGCAUUGCCUGAAUGGAGGUGGACGUAGUGGAGUUUUCUGUGCCAGCAGCAUUGUGUGUGAGAUGGCCAAGAGGCAGAGUGUGGUCGAUGUUUUCCACGCCGUAAAGACCUUGAGGAACAGCAAACCCAACAUGGUGGAUACUCCGGAACAGUACCGGUUCUGCUACGACCUCUCACUGGAGUUCAUCGAGUCCUCCUAAACAAAGGAGAGAAGAGGAGGAGGAGGUGGUGAAGAAGAAGAGCAGAAGAUCUUUUCACUUCCCGUGUGUUUGAUCCUGUGCUUUCGCUUGGUCCCGGACUCCCCUCUGUGGUGGCCGUUCUGUAGCACCCAUUUUGCGUCCCUCCAAAUGGAAAUCGGCUCCUUGUACAGUGUUGUAAAGUAUCCAAACAAAGGGAAACAUUCAGACUUUUAACAGAAGGAGCUGCUGGGAGUGCAACAGAGAGGGAGGUGUUACUCCUUUUACUCCUUUAUGCUUAUUGUACAGCUUUUUGAGUGCCAGCAGGCCCCUGUAUGUUUUGGGCCCCAUUUCAAUGUUUAGUCUUUCACCACAUCCCCCCCUCCCAUGGAUUUGAUGCCUCGUGCUGUUUCAGCUGCAGUACCCGAUGUGCACUGUAGAUGUCUCCCUCCCCCCUUGCCAACUGCAACCACAGCUUUUGAAUAACUGCAAGUUUUCAGUGGCACCCGCAUUCCUGCUCUCAUGCUCAUCAUUUGCGAGUAACUAGACAGUGUUGAGCAUCUCAUCAUGGUGAUGUUUGAAUAUUUUCAUCAAGUACUUUUACAUAAGAAGAAGAAACUUAAUGUUACAGCCUGGCCAAACUCUGUGAAUGCUUCUUUUUCUACUCCAUACAUCAGCAGUAUCUUCAUGAUUGAGUCACAACAUGUAUUUAAAUAUAUAAUAGCCACUUUGAACCCAUUUUCAUUGGUUACAUACAGUAUAUUGUCAGAUAACAUAAUGCAUAGAGAUAGAAAAUACCCAAAAUGUCAAUGUAAGAAUUUGAUUUCUUAGAAACAAGACUGACAAUAAAACUAAAACAGGAGGUUUACACGAGAAGUAUUGGGCUCUCCAUUUAAUUUUUUUACGAUAUCAUGAAGUGGCAACUAUUAUUAUCACAAAAAUGUAUAUGUUCAAAAAAGUGUGAUAUGUAUCAUUGUUUAUGUUUCCUGCGGUCACUGCAGAGCUGAUUUGUUGCAUCAUGUAUUGAUUUACUGGAUAGAAGUUGUGAAGUCUUCUUUGUACCCUGAAUUGUAACAAUUGUAACAGUUAAGAUUUUGUUCAACCAUGUGACAUUAGCAUAAUCAUGUUUCAGGGCUGGGCCCAAUGCACUUUCAAUUCAGACAAUUAAAAAAUGGGAUGUUUUAUUUCAAAACUCGAGAAUGAUCAUAUUUGGGGUACGAAGAAAACGGCUUCUUAGAAAAGACUGAGAAUAAAUGCCAUUCCAUUUUUGGUUUGAUUGGAAUUGGAAGUGAACUGACCCCAGGCCUCGUUUGUUGUGUGCACUGGUGGCCAACACUUUUUAUUAUUAUUUUGUAGCUGAUGUUUAUUCAUAAGCCAAAGACUUUGUGUAAAUAUGUCUAUAUGGAUAAAGCACAUUGUUUGUAUUUAUUGUUUGUUUACUAGCAUUGCUUGUAUGAACAAUCAUUCUUCAUUCCAUGUUUACUCUACCACCAGCGUUUCUUAAACUGAGUCAGGACGCAAAAUGGGCUGCAAGUCUGUUUCCUCUGGAGUAUUGAGAGUAUUAGUAUGAUCAGAUGAGCCCAUAAAGGGUCCUGAGUGAAAGGCUACAUCAGCUCAAUUUGGGUUCAUCCAGAACAGUUUAAGAACCCCUGAUUGAAGCUGUAUAUUAAGGCAUUAGAAGUAGAUUUUUUGUAUCUAGGUGGAAUUCAGUAGUAUUGUCUUGUUUUCACUUGAUGAAACUCUCUGUGAUGUUACCGUGGUUUAUUUGUGUAAAAGCCCAUUGCUCUGUUUGUGGUCAGUAGGACAUCAGUGCAUUUAAAGAGUAUUUUUUCGAUAAUAGCUCCUAUCCCCCAAAUGUCUUAGUCGGGAUAAGCUGCUUAUCCUCAUCAUCAUAUCCUGCUCACCAUUACCCCUGAAUACACACAGACUCAGUGAUGCAAACAGGUUUAGUGAGUGAAACAUGCAGGAAUGUGGAACAAAAACAUUUAUUGUGCCUAAUCGUUUGAAUUUCCUUGUUGAUACAAGCAUUUUAACAGUAUCUUAGAUCGCAAAACAGGGCUUUGUUGAAUGCGUUCUCAUGGACGAUCAAUGUUUGAAUACUGUUUAGACCAUGACUCAAUGUGUUUUAUUAAUCAGAAUGCUUCAUGAAUCAUUUGUGAGGCUUUGCGGUCUUACCGAAUAUCAGAUGUGCUUUUGUUGUGCUCAAGCGGAUUAAGAAAAAAGAAACACACUUUAUUGUAAAUAAAAUGUCAGAGGUUCCACAAGGUUGGAACAAGAGUAGCCCAGGUCUACUGCUAAGGAUGUUAUUGUAAAUAUGCUAUCUCUAAAAGGCUCUAUGGUUGGAUGAACAGUAGAGAUCCAGAUGAUGGAUACAAUGUCAGAACAGUAGUUCUGUUGUAGAUUAAAAAAAAGUCAGAGAUUGUACUCCUGUAGGGCGCAAUUUACAAUUUUGACAGUUUUAAAAACAAGCAUAAAAGUGUCCACUGAUUACAAAACUUUAUUCUUUUGGUGGAACAUCACAUUUCUGUUUAUUUCUGCAGAUUUGUGUCCGAACCAAAGGGAGAGAAAACUCACUAUGUUACUACAGUUUACCAGUUGGACUAAACGGAUGGCCAUCUCUAUAGCAUGCCGAGAGAGACAAGCAUGGCGAGUGUCGACAGAAAAUUAAUGCAGUGAAUCACACUUCUUAACGACACAUUUAAGGGGAAAAAUAAGGAGCUAAAUCCUAUUGAAUAAAUCUAAAAUACUGGCCCUGAAGAUCAGUGAAUGAAGUCUGGAUGAGAGGCCAGUCUCGAGUAUAGAAUUGAUAUUCAUGGUUCAUAAUUAUUCUUGUCUGUAACGUUUGGCUUCUUUGCUGUA